UUACGAAAAUGAGGAUUAGUCUGGUAAUCGCUGUUAUUUUUGCUGCAGCAUGUGUUUGCACAGCACUAGAAACAGAGAGACGUCAAGCUGCCAAAUGUGGAAACGGAGAGACAUGUGAUUGUGGUGAUGGCAAUCCCCCAGGACAUUGUGACCACAAUGGAGUGUGUCAUUGUCAUCACAGACGACAAACAACAUGCUCAGAUGGUGGUUCUUGCACUUGUGCUAAUGGAACACCAGGACACUGUGACCAUGCUGGAACAUGUCAUUGUCAUCACAAACGACAAGAUACAUGUACAGAUGGCGGAACUUGCACUUGUGCAAAUGGAACACCGGGACACUGUGACCAUAAUGGAGUAUGUCAUUGCCAUCACAAACGACAAGAUACAUGUACAGAUGGUGGAACUUGCACUUGUGCAAAUGGAACACCAGGACACUGCGACCAUAACGGAGUAUGUCAUUGCCACCACAAACGACAAACAACAUGCUCGGAUGGUGGAUCAUGCACUUGUGCAAAUGGAACACCGGGACACUGUGACCAUGCUGGAACAUGUCAUUGUCAUCACAAACGACAAACAACAUGCUCAGAUGGUGGAUCUUGCACUUGUGCUAAUGGAACACCAGGACACUGUGACCAUGCUGGAACAUGUCAUUGCCAUCACAAACGACAGACAACAUGCUCAGAUGGUGGAUCUUGCACUUGUGCAAAUGGAACACCAGGACACUGCGACCAUGCCGGAACAUGUCAUUGCCAUCACAAACGACAAGAUACAUGCUCAGAUGGUGGAUCUUGCACGUGUGCAAAUGGAACACCAGGACACUGUGAUCAUGCCGGAACAUGUCAUUGCCAUCACAAACGACAAACAACAUGCUCAGAUGGUGGAUCAUGCACUUGUGCUAAUGGAACACCGGGACACUGUGACCAUGCCGGAACAUGUCAUUGUCAUCACAAACGGCAAGAUGCAUGUACUGAUGGUGGAACUUGCAAUUGUACAAAUGGAAUACCGGGACACUGCGACCAUAAUGGAGUAUGUCAUUGCCAUCACAAACGACAAGAUACAUGUUCUGAUGGUGGGUCUUGCACGUGUGCAAAUGGAACACCGGGACACUGUGACCAUGCCGGAACAUGUCAUUGCCAUCACAAACGACAAGAUACAUGUUCUGAUGGUGGGGCUUGCACGUGUGCAAAUGGAACACCGGGACACUGUGACCAUGCCGGAACAUGUCAUUGUCAUCACAAACGACAAGAUACAUGUUCUGAUGGUGGGGCUUGCACGUGUGCAAAUGGAACACCGGGACACUGUGACCAUGCCGGAACAUGUCAUUGUCAUCACAAACGACAAGAUACAUGUUCUGAUGGUGGGGCUUGCACUUGUGCAAAUGGAACACCGGGACACUGUGACCAUGCCGGAACAUGUCAUUGUCAUCACAAACGACAAGACACAUGUUCGGAUGGUGGGUCUUGCACGUGUGCAAAUGGAACACCGGGACACUGUGACCAUGCCGGAACAUGUCAUUGUCAUCACAAAUGAAGGAUGUCACCAUGGAAAACUUUUUGAACAAUUCCACUAUAUUCAAACAUAUAAAAAUGUAAAAUACA